AUGGAGGCCUUUUACCCACAGCUCAGCGCUCAAGAGCUGCAGCGACAGAUGUCGCAACAGUCUCAGCAUCACCAGCGCCAGAUGCAGCAAAAAGGCCAGCCCGGCGGCCAUGGAUAUCAGCAAAUGAACCAAGGUCACGACGUGAACAUGAUGGGUGGCGGGGACUCUCUCGACGACAUAAUUAACUCGAAUCGCCAUGAGCUACAACGUCGCCGCAGCAUUCACCAGUCGCACCAGCCAUACAUCCCCCAGAACCAGCCCGGCCAAAACGGGGGGCCCGACAGGCGCAUGUCCAUGAUGGAAUUCGGCGCGGGCGACAACCAAUUAAUGAACUACCCGUUCCAGAAUCCUACAAUGAAUGGCGAGUUCUCUAACAUGGCUGGCCAGAUGGGAAACGGUAUGGACACCGCCAUGGACAACGGCAUGGUAAACGACAACGGAGGCAUCAACAGUAAUGGCCCUGGAAACAUUUCGAUACCCGGCCCCAUGGACGCUUACUCCGCCGCCGAGGGACUGCAACUGUCCCCCACCAAUGCCUUCACAACCUUCUCCCCCGAUAUGAUGAAUUCCAUGAUGCCCCCCGGUUCUUUCAACAUGCAGGUCCCCACGAUGCCGACAACCACCAGCAUGGGCAUGUAUGGUCAAACGCCAAUGGCGAACGCCUUUCCGAGCCCUCUCAACACCAACACGAAUGGCAUAUCGAUGGAUAUGUCGGCAGACGAAACUUCAGGGACGGCACCCCCAAGUGCCCUAGACACACCGCUGGACAUGGGUUCCGCCGACAACGAUGCCGUGCACAUGGGCCAGCAGUAUCAGUCACAGCAAGAUAACACGAGUACACGCGCGAAUCCGCAGGCUGUGAACUUGGGUCCCGAUCAGGCACACCCGACGCAGCCGGCGGCAUCUUCCUUAUCACGAGAGAACACCAAUUCCACCAACAACUCGUCUCAGUCACCGAACAACAGGUCGUCGUCCAUGGCGACGACCCAGGCUGCUGCCGCACCGGCUACCGCAAACACUACACCAGCCAUGGGACCGCCCACACCCCGCAUCGAAACCAAGGAAAAGAACGUCUACUCGAAAAGCGGCUUUGACAUGCUCCGGGCGCUUUGGUAUGUCGCUACACGGAAAAACCCGGAAAUUCACCUUGGCGCCGUCGAUAUGUCCUGCGCUUUCGUUGUUUGCGAUGUGUCGCUCAACGACUGCCCAAUCAUUUACGUUUCUGACAACUUCCAAAACCUGACCGGCUACAGCCGUCACGAAAUCGUCGGUCAAAACUGCCGCUUCCUGCAAUCCCCCAGCGGCGUCGUCGAAGCCGGUUCCAAGCGCGAAUUCGUCGACGACGCCUCGGUCUACAAUCUGAAGAAGAAAAUUGCAGAAGGCCGCGAGGUCCAGCAGAGCUUGAUCAACUACCGCAAAGGCGGGAAGCCGUUCCUCAACCUUCUCACCAUGAUCCCCAUUCCAUGGGACGAUCCUAACGAGGUGAGAUUCUUCGUUGGCUUCCAGAUCGAUCUGGUGGAAUGUCCGGACGCCAUUGCUCAAGGGCAAGACAAUGGCGGUGUCAAGGUCAACUACAAACACAGUGAUAUCGGCCAAUAUAUUUGGACGCCUCCAACGGCCAACAACGCCGAGCCCGAAAGCGGACAAACGCUAGGAGUCGACGACGUAUCGACUUUACUACAACAGUUCAACCCGAAGGGUGCUGUGUCCGACUGGCACAAACAAUCUUGGGAUAAGAUGCUCCUGGAGAACACCGAUGACGUUGUACAUGUCUUGUCCCUGAAAGGGCUCUUCCUGUAUCUGUCUCCGUCUGCCAAGCGUGUUCUGGAGUACGAUGCGUCCGAGCUAGUCGGCAACACCCUUUCCACAGUCUGCCAUCCCUCCGACAUUGUCCCCGUAACUCGAGAACUCAAGGAUGCUACGACCGGCAACUCUGUUAACGUUGUCUAUCGCAUACGGAGGAAGCAGAGCGGCUACACCUGGUUUGAAAGUCACGGCUCUCUGUUCUUCGAACAUGGGAAAGGCAAGAAAUGCAUCAUUCUGGUGGGAAGAAAACGACCAGUAUUCGCUCUGAGUCGGCGAGACUUGGAGGCCCAUGGAGGCAUUGGCGACAGCGAACUCUGGACCAAGAUUUCCGUGUCUGGCAUGUUCCUGUUUGUAUCGUCCAAUAUCCGAUCACUGCUGGACAUGCAGCCGGAUAACCUGGUAGGCACAAGCAUGCAGGAUCUCAUGCGACGCGAGAGUCGCGCGGAGUUUGGCCGAGCCAUGGAAAAGGCCCGACGCGGAAGAAUCGUCACUUGCAAGCACGAGGUUCACAACAGGAGGGGUCAGGUUCUCCAGGCACAAACCACGCUAUAUCCGGGAGACGCAUCGGAGGGUCAGAAGCCUACGUUCCUGCUGGCGCAAACCAAGCUUCUGAAGGCGUCGUCGAGGGCCAUUGCACCGGCGGCCACGCCACCGGGGAGUGUCAAGUCAGCAUCGCAGGCCCAUUCAGCGCAAGGCAACAUCAUUAGUGAUGUGCAAAAGAGCGGACCAAUAUCAUGCGCAGGCGGCAGCACGAUUCCAGGUGAUCAGGAUGCGGCUUUGGCGGCAAACGACAACAUCUUCGACGAGCUGAGGACUACCAAAUGCUCCAGCUGGCAAUUUGAACUGCGGCAGAUGGAGAAGGUGAACAGGAUUCUUGCUGAAGAACUCGGCGGGCUUCUCUCCAAUAAGAAGAAAAGGAAGAGAAGGAAGGGUGUCGGCAAUGUCGUCCGAGACUGCGCCAACUGCCAUACCCGCAAUACGCCCGAAUGGCGACGCGGCCCAAGUGGACAACGGGACUUGUGUAACAGCUGUGGUCUACGGUGGGCGAAGCAGGUUGGGCGCGUAUCUCCACGCAAUUCUUCUCGGGGUGGGGCAAACACCAACGGCGAUGCCCUGAGCAAGAAGUCGAACUCGCCGAAUCACUCGUCUCAGCUACAGAACGAGGUAAAGACCAGUAGUAGCACGCCUGCUCGCCCUGGCGAUGUAACUUCUGGCAACGCGACACCCGCCACGAAUGUUUCCAAGGGGCAUAACACAAUGCCUCCCCCGAGCCAACCGAUGCUGGAAGGCGGCAGCAAAGGCGGCAUGACUUCAAUACGGGAAGAAGGGAUGACCGGUCCUGGUUAA